AUGGCAAGUGCAAUCGAUAGGACCAGCUUGCGCAAACAGACACGAAGGAAGCGUACCUCGUACCGUGAGCCAGACAGUGACCCUGAGGGCGAGUCUGACUUUGAGGCACCACCUCCGCGACGAUCACUCCCCGUUCGAGCUGUGCGAGCCUUUCGAGAUGCCUACCACGCCGCAGAAGAUGAUAGCGAAUCCUCGAGUUCAAAUGAGGAACUUCCACUACCUACACGAUCGAGUGCCCGGUCACGACUGCCGAAGCGCCAGACUCGGAGUACUGCUGCAGCAAGUGCGAAGCGGAAGGCACUGAGCCAAUCGACUGCUCCUCUUCGCAACACCAGUUUUCAGAACUUCAAGAGACAGAAGACUUCACAUCCCGUACCACUCAAAAAACUUAUCAUACCAGUCGUCAAUGUACCACGGCAUGGUCGCAUACCCGAAUGGCAAAACCUGCCCUACUAUGUGCUAGUGAAGGUUAUGCAAUAUGCUGCUUAUCCUCUAUACAUUGGUGCUUCAAGAGAUACUGGCUCUGCUCGAUGGUUACUCAGUACAAGUCAACUAUGCACAUCUUUUCACGAUGCCUGUAUAGGCGCUUUAAUGUACAACCCACCUAUAUUUCCUGCCCACCGUGCGAACUGGCUUGUCGAUCUACUCAAAGCAAGCGCUCGAGAUUACGAUGUUAGCGCCGAGCGCACCUCUGCCAUAAGCAGGAAGAAGUUGUCAUUGGAUUACAGACCAAAAGUGAAGAGUUUGGACAUUGAGGCUAAACAGAUUCUGGUUAAGAAAGCUGGCAUAGAUCUUGAAGAGCUGCUGAGAUACACUCCCUUGCUGAAGAAAUUGCGCAUCUACCACAAUUACGAUGCAUGGUCGAAGAGAUAUACUUGGGCUUUGCCUUCACAUGCUCGGUCUGCUGGUCGAUGGUCAUACGGUAACCUCUUUCAAGUCCUCGAUCAGAACAAGAUCGUCCUCGACACCUUUGAAUGGAACGGCAGAUUCCUGUUGGAGGAUCCACUUCUAUCUACCUUGCACGAUGUGUCUCUGCACUCCAAGUCCUUGAGUCGCCUCCGUUCGCUGACUAUGCGCAACCUCAGCCUACCAGAUAUCGCUGUCCUGAACGAGACGAUUGCAAGAGACAACAUUCCGCCGGGUCAAGAUGGUCAGGAUGUUGACAAUAAACCCGCGCGCUUGAUCAGCUGGAGAAGAAAAGUAAUUGCAGCAUUGCAAGCAUCUUCCGAGCUGAGAGAGGUCGCGUUUCAUGAUUCCAACAUUAUCGAUGAUGAGACCCUGAAAGAAUUCCCUUCUGGUCUGCAAAAGCUGGAGGUAUGCGAUUGUGCUUGGAUUAAGAGUGAAGGUUUACAAGAUUAUCUUCGAACCAAAGGCAUCAGCCUGACCACUCUUGUACUUCAAGGAAACCAGUCAAUGAGCUUGUCCUUCAUGAGCAAUCUACAGACAACAGCACCACGUCUUCAAGUGCUCGAGGUCGAUUUGACCUAUCAUGAUCCUACCAGCUAUAAGGACACCGAACCCCUAUUCGACGAGUUGAUGUCUGCUGGUCGACCUUCAUGGCCUUCAACAUUGCAAUCAAUCACCAUUGGUCCUUUGCGGAACCUUACAGCCGAAGACGCAGAGAACUUUUAUCAGUCUCUCGUCGACGCUGCCGUUAACCUGCCUUAUCUUCGAGUACUCCAGCUGAGGACAAUCCUUAAUGUCUCGUGGCGAGAUCGAGCUAGCCUUCGACAGAAGUGGGCUGGCCUGUUCGACAAAACCUUCCAUGUCAAUUCCAACCACGAUGUUUCUCCACCCUCAGCUUCCAGUUCAGAUUCUGAGAGGUCAAGUCGUAAGAGCAGUCGACUCACCUCAGCGCCACUCAAGCCGAAGCAGUUCAGUAUCGCAAGAUACCAAGGCAGAUGCCACACCCUACUGUUCGAGCUCAGCGAUCAGCGGCCGGCCCAAGACCAAUACACCGAAGGUGACUUCCUUGAUAUUGAGCCGGAAGAAGACGAAGAUGGGGAGUGGAAUGGCAAAGAUAUUGCGCUGCCAGCAUAUUCAGCUCGACGAUAUGCUUGGUAG